AUAUGGCAUGCACUAGGGGGAGAAAGAGAGUUUUCUGCACACACACGGUGGCGCGAGACGCAUCGAUAGGAAAUGUGCGUGCAUAAAACACGGACGUUUCAUUCGUGCGCGUGCAUUUAAUAGCGUUAUUCACGCGAGGGAUUUUUUUGAUCGUGUAAAUAUAUGGUUCGAAAAGACUGGCGUCACUGUUCAGUCAUGAUACUCUCUUCUUCCUCGACAAUCCUAUGUAUUUCGCAUCUCGGUUUCUUCCAAUAAGCACCAAUGCAUCCAUGCACCCGCCUCCCUGCGCUCUCAAAUAGAUGGUGCAAGUAAAGAUGUCCAAAUCUUCCGCAGACCCUCUGUCUGGUGUGGAAAACGCUUCUCAGUCGCACUAUUUUCAGAUACCACGAAAGUUGCCGAAGCGCAAGGGAAGGUUUAAACGUUCAGAUGGCAGCACUUCUUCAGACACCACCUCCAGCUUCAUCAAGCGACAGGGUUCAGCUGAUUCGUACACGAGCAGACCUUCGGAUUCCGACCUGUCAGCGGAGGAGGACCGCGAGGCGUAUCGGCGUGAAGCCGAACGCCAGGCCCAGCUGCAGCUCGAGAGAGCCAAGUGCAAACCUGUAGCAUUCGCAGUGAAGACGAAUGUGAACUACUGCGGGGCUCUCGAUGAAGACUGUCCCGUUCAGGGUGCUGCCAUAAACUUUGAAGCCAAAGAAUUUCUGCACAUUAAAGAGAAGUACAAUAAUGACUGGUGGAUAGGAAGGCUGGUGAAAGAGGGGGCAGAUAUCAGCUUCAUUCCCAGCCCACUCCGACUGGAGGCCAUGAGACUCAAACAAGAGCAAAAACAGAGGAAAAGUGGUAACUCCUCCUCAAGCCUGGGUGACAUGGUAUCUGGAGGUUGGAGACCCACGCCGCCAUCUGCAGGUGAGACCAAACAGAAGCUAAAGCAGACUGAACACAUUCCCCCUUAUGAUGUGGUACCGUCCAUGAGGCCUGUGGUUCUGGUGGGACCUUCACUCAAGGGCUAUGAGGUGACGGAUAUGAUGCAGAAAGCUCUGUUUGAUUUUCUCAAACACCGCUUUGAUGGGCGGAUCUCUAUAACCCGGGUGACCGCUGACCUUUCUCUGGCCAAGAGAUCAGUCCUCAACAAGAGACCCAUUAUGGAAAGAUCCAACACACGAACCAGUUUGGCUGAGGUACAGAGUGAGAUUGAGAGGAUAUUCGAGCUUGCUAAAACCCUUCAGCUAGUGGUUCUGGAUGCAGACACCAUCAACCACCCAGCACAGCUGGCUAAAACCUCACUAGCUCCCAUCAUUGUGUACGUCAAAGUCACUUCACCAAAGGUCUUACAGCGGUUGAUAAAGUCAAGAGGCAAAUCGCAGAGCAAACAUCUGAAUGUUCAAAUGAUGGCGGCAGACAAACUGACUCAGUGUCCACCUGAGAUGUUUGAUGUCAUUUUGGAUGAGAACCAAUUGGAGGACGCCUGUGAGCACCUCGCUGAAUACCUGGAUGUCUACUGGCGUGCCACUCAUCUGCCAGGCACUGCCCCUCUCAAUCCCCUGUUGGAGCAAAACCUGAUGACCCCGCCCUCAGCAAUCUCCAGUCUACAGAACCAGCAGCUGUCGCCUGCCAGGGGUGGAGGGGUGGUUGAGGAGGAAGAUCAGGGGGAGCAAGACAGCCUCAUGCCUUCAGACGAGGCCAGUGACUCUCGAUCCCUCCACCGUGGAGGCUCUAGCUCCCUGCACCCCCCUGAGGAUGAGGAAGAGGAGGAGGAGGAGGAGGAAGAGGAAGAAGAUGAUUACACACCCAACCGCCACACGUACCGGGACAUGUACCCACCCAACCGUAACCAACCUGGGGGAAUCAACAGUGCUAACGGACACGAGUCACAGGACCGACUCCUGCAACAGCGAAACUCGCAGGAUGGACACAACCAACGGAACAACCGCCAACGUAUGCGCGCCUGGCCGAGAGACAACUACUGACCGCCCCAUCUGGAGUAGUUAGAAAAGACAGGGUCAGGUUGUUAAUUGGGGUGAUGGGAUUGGUGCAGAACUAGAAAGCACACUGUAUGUGUUUGUGGAUCAAGCUGUCCAUGGUUGAAGAAAAGAUCCAGCUGUUUUUUGAGCUUUUGUGGUCAUUGAGGUAUUGCACUACACUGGCUUUUAAAAACAGCGCAACUUUUCUCCUUUAAGAUUAACCACAUCUUCAUAUCAAAACAUCGUUUGAGCUUCCUCUGGAGGAAAACUCCAAACACCAUCUGAGUCAAUUAUUACCUUAUUAUUCUGCCUAUCAUGGAGUUCAAUCCCCCCCCUGAACAUAAUGAGCACAGAAGGCAUUAUGGGAAAAAGAAAAGCACUUUUCAAGCAUGAGUUGUUAGAUACCAUAAAAUAUAUUGUAGCAUUUUGUUGCAUCUUUGUUGCUAAUGCUUUUUUAACGUGAAUAUUACUAUUUUUGGGUUCGAACCUUUAAUGCUGGCUUUAAUCAUUCAGGCACCUGACAUGAGCCGUCACUUAUCACAGAUGUAGCACACAUUGCCACUUGCAAAAGCACCACAUAAAUGUGUUACGGAAUAUGUAAAAGAAGGGAAUUCAGGGCAAACAGGGUUAUGCUCGGCUUUUGCAGAGUGCAACUGCAUAAUGGGACUGUAGUCUGGGAUUGCACAUAGGGUAAAUUCCAAGACUGAAAAGAAGCAGUCGAUUUCCAUCCUGCUGCAAAAAAAAUCUGGGUCAGAUCAUUUUUUUCUGAGCUAAAGAAAACUGGAGAAGCAGCAAGUUAAUCAGUGUCCAUGUAUUUGCUUUUUAUAGAACUGCUUGUAGCUCACCGGGUUUCUGUGUUUUUAGUUUUGGGGAAAAGAAUGGUCCUGUAGCUUUCUGGAUGUUUUGGAAUUGAGAGUGGAUGAAUGCGUUGCUAUAUAAAUAUGAAUUAAAACCUGGUCUAGGUUUAUUGUACACAGUUUCAACUCAUACACUGGGUGAUCAGUACCAGAGAUAGGAAAAGGAGGUAGAUAGACCACUCAUGGGAAAUAAGUACAAGAAUCAAUACCAUCCAACCCUUAAGUUGUCUCACUCGCAAUGACAUGUGGCCUCAUUUAUAAAAAGUUGUGUAGAAAACAUCCAAAAUUUUAUCUUGCAAUCGUUUUGCAAAAGCGUACUUACGUGUGAUUCAUAAAACAAAUGUACACAUAGACAACAAGUGUAUAGCCCUAUUCAGACGGGAUUAGUUUUACAGGGGGACCUCUGAGAAAAUCGUGCUUCUCAGAGGUCCUCUGUGUUUUUAAUCCCGUUUUUUUUUUACAAACACGCGUAUCCACAGCAUGUGCUCUUGUGCAACGCCCAAAUGCAUGAAACAGUCACUCCCAUCUCUGGAAUAGUGUGAGAAUUUUAAUCCUGUCUGAAUUGGUACAUAAAAUCACAGACGUCCUGGGGGACACGUUGAAACUAAACGUCGUUUGGAAAACUAAUCCUGUCCGAAUAGUGCUUCAGAUGUGAAAUCUAUAAAUUGCAAAUGAUUUUGUAACUGUGCACAGCUGAACCGUUGCAUAUCUCCGGCUUUAAACAAUGCAUAAUUAAUGUCCUUAGUGGGGUUCCAUCCAAACGUAAAGUGAACCUUUUUAAAAUACAUAAAAAAAGAAAAACAAACAAAUGCGAAUUAGUUGUGUUUACAUCAAGUUGUUUGAUCAAAUAACGAUGGUAUUGGUUACUCUUGUUACCCACAGUAAAAAAGGCACGCAUAGAUAAUGGGAGACAGGACUACAUUUAGUUACGAUUGGGCAUGUUAUAAAUGUACUAGCAGUGCAGUUUGUAAUUGCCAAACUGAAUGCUGUGCACAGAAGAAGACGCUUUUGAUGCAGGCACUAGCAGCAAGGGCAUUACGAUGAUGUCGUAAAAGACAACGUUCGCUAAUACAGCUAGACGAUCGGUCAAGUGGGUUUAAUGUUCGCUACGUCAGAAUUUAUUCGGCAAAUGCGUUUCCAUCCCCUAUUAUAUGCAUUUACUCUUGUGCAAAAGUCAGAAACCACCUCAAGCAAGCAUAAAAAACUUUUUUGCGAAUUAAGGGAUUUUUAUUCGAAAUUUGGCGUUUACAUCACUCGCUUCUUAUGCGGUACUUCAAAAUGCGCAUAAAAUCUGGCUGAUGGAAACUCAGCUAUUGAAAUAUAAAAGAGCACCUGUCAAUGUUAAAUCUUUUUCAAGCAGCAAGAAUGGCGUAUAUUUCCAAAAACGGACAAGCAAAAGUGUGUACGUCUACUCAAACCAUGACAUGGCGCUAAGCACUUUUCCACGUCAAAUACUGUUGUCAUAAAUAUGAAUGUUGCCUAGAUGUUGCGAAAACACACUCUACGAUCAAAUCUGUGCGUAUGCGCGCUUUAUCAAUGAGGCCCAUUGUUUUUGUAAAAGUGAACACACAUUAUUUCAAAUAGCCUAACAAGUACAGUUUAUAUGCCAAAUUGCUAAAGCUAACAAACCAUUUUUUUUUAUUGAAUAAGCUAUCGACACGUAAGUUUGACCACCGGCUUUGGCUAUUCCAUUUUUCCUUUUCGAGUAGACAGGUUUUGUAGUUGCAUGACUUGGAAAUAGCAUUAGACCAAGAUGGCUACUGUGUUAUAGCUAAAGUAUGGUCCAAUUUUUACGUAUAUGCGAAGGUUCCAUGUACAAUGCCUGUGAUGUAAUUUUUCAUCAUCAGAAGAGUGCACGAGUACUGUACGCACACCGCCAGAUUUUUUAAACCCUGCGUAUAUUGUACGCUUAGGUCGCGCAUGCGCCUGCAGGAGAAUGUAGUAUGUAGCCGCAUUGCAUUUUGUCACAAUGCGCAUGCGUCAAACGUUUGCGUAGACAAAUGAGUCAAAUAAACUAUACUUUGCCAGGCUGUGUGUUCGACCGUGAACGUAUACGUAAAAAACAGACUAUACUUCGGGUUUUAGCGUCACAAGUAAUUUAUUUAAUGAGAAACGUUAUAUCAAACAAGUGAGUGAUCUUCAUCCAUCCUUCUUUUUCUACAGCUCUUUUUUCUCCGAGGCUUCGUACGUUAAAAGUGGCAGUUACCACCAAUUACUUAAACACAAUAGCGUCAUUACUUUCUUUGGCGUCAGGUUAAAUGCAGGCUAGUUUAAUGACCUUCGUUGGUAAUUAGAAUAUAUAUCGACAAGGUUGUGUUAUGACAAAAUCCACGAUUUUUUUCUCUCUUUACAAUGACUUCUAGAUUCGGAUGUUACCUGUAGCAGCUAAGGCUAAGGUUUAUCUAGUGUAGGACCAUUCAGACUGGCCUUAAAGUUUACCUGUAUAUCUGUACCACUGCAUGUCUCAAAUACAAUUAUUUAGGACUAUUUGCACAUUAGGGUUGGAACAGGACCUUUAGAAGACUUUAAGUAUAUUAGGCUAGAAAAUCUAUGAAUUUUUGUUUAUAUUUUAAACUUUGCAACAGGUUAAUAGUAACACAUCUAAGGAUAGCUAGUGUACAUAUAUGUAUUGAAUGAAAACUAACCAGAUCCUGAGUUUAAUUCUUUCGAAAGUUACUUUACUUUGUCAUUAAUGGAUCUGUAUAUAGUUUUUAAGAAAUAUUGCAAUGUUUACAUAGUCAGGAUUGCAUUCACUCGGAGAUUGUUGACGUGAGACGCAUUGAAAUAUAUGUAACGUCGGUUGUUGUAUGGUCAUGUGAAGCCUCAUAAAGUUGCAGUACACUUACAUGUAGCGCUGUUUUGAUUUGGGUUAAAUUUAUAGUUAAAACCUAAAAAGAAAUGUAUAAUUAGUAAUGGCCUAUGUAUUUGAGUAUGAACCGUUGUCAUCAAGCAAGAGAAAUACUUUUAAGGAGAAUUAAAAAAAUAUUUUUCUUAAGAACUAAUCUUUCGAUAUAAUCCAGUGUUUACAUAGAUUAGAGAGUUCAAACAUGCGCAGAGACUUGAGUGAAUGUAUAGUUGCAUGCCUUAACACCUCUUGUCCUCAGCACUGAUGUAUUGUCUUUCAUGGGGACCAUGUUAAAUUGACUGUCCCUAAUUUGAUUGUGUUGCGUUGAUUGUAUUGGAGCCGUACACUCCCAGAAUGCACUUUAAAAAAAACUCAGCCCUCAGUUUAGAUAACAGAAAGUUCGUCUUUCAGACCGAAUUAAGGCUAAUCCCAAGAAUGAGCCAUGCUGUAGCCUUUAUACACAACAAAUCCGAGCAUGGGAAACAGUACUUACUAGUGGCCACAGUGAAUGCUAGAGCUUAAACAUACCGUAUGCAAAUGCUUCUAAGAAACUAUUCUAAAUUGAUUUUCUACGCGAUUGCAUUUCAAAUCGAAGAUUGUUAAUGCAAUUAAAUUAUGUGUUGAAAAUUGAGUGUUAACACAAGGGACCUGGCCAUUGUGAGCUUUAGGGUAAACUGUUUUCAAUGGCUAGUUUUCUCUUCGAGGUAAACCUCUAACAUGCCAAUUAAGCAACUUAAAAUUUAAAGCAACUUUAAUUAAAAUUGUCAUGUUUAUAGCUAGCUACCUGAAUAUUGCCUUGCAGAUGAGAGUGCAAAUAACAACAGUAAGAUUUUCUUCAGACAGUCCCUUCGCUAUGACAGUAGUCGGCCUGAAAAUUUUGUAUGAAGAAGAUUAUGCGAAUGCAUACUAUAGACGGUUUCAUCUGACGCACACACAUUGUCGCAGUCACGCGUCUGGACAAAAUUUUACUUCGAGUCUCUGUUUGUUUAAUGGUCUAGUGGUUAAACUGAACUCUGGAACAAAUACUUGGUAGAAAAUGACAAAUGUUUUGAUGUUUGAGGGGAGACGGCGAUCAUGGAUCAACGCUAUGUGAAGGAUGGUUUGGCAGCUGAUCUGUCGUUAACAUUAUAUAGUACACAUUUUACACAGUAACGUAAGCUUAGUGUAGUUUUCGAUACGCUUUAGCUAUUAUUUGAACUAAGGUAAUUUACUUGUUAUUUAUUUUGCUUGUUAUCACAAAUAAACUACUCUUGAAGCACUCUGUUGUUAUUGAAUUUUUGCUGAGUUUACAGGAGGUUACGUUUGUUCCACGAAAGCCGUUUGUUUAUGUUGUUACUGCUGAAACCGUCUAUAGUGCCCCUUGUGGCAAACACUGGGAAUACAGUUACGUUAUGACGUGUUUCUAAAAGUGUUUGUAUUCACAUGCUUUCAUAUGUUUCAGGCCUAAAUUAGCCUUUUUUUGUGUCAACAAAGAAAUGUCGCAAUUGUCUGUUAACAACCCAUAGCAUCUGUUGAUCUCAGGUCAUUGGACAAGUCACUGUAUCUUCCCAGGUCUUGCUUUUCUAAUGUAAGUUAGUUUGUCACAGUACUGGACGCCUUGUUUACAGCACCAAUCUUAACACGUAACUUUGAAUCGGCCAUUUAGAGGGUAAUGAGAAACUGACAUUUUCUGGGGUGUGGAAGUCAGGGUACUACAUCUAUUUUAACAAAUUCCUUGAGUCAAACUCUUUUAGUGUACUGCAUCUUUAUUUGCUAUCAACAUGUCUCACUUUAAACUAUUGUUCUAUAUUUAAAAAAAUCAGAGCAUGACUGAAAAAAAUUCUAUGCAAGUGUUGCAUGAGAUCGGAUUGUUUCUUUUGAUUGUUUCUGAUCUACAUUAGUAUUGCAUCAAUUCUUCUUGUUGUUUGUAAGUAUUAUUCUAGUUAGUAAGACAAUUCACCCUGUUUUAUACUGAGCACAGACAAGGGGCUCCUGCUGAAAAAAUAUGCUAUUUUUAAGCUCUAUUUCAAUCUCACGGGCUUCAAUACCUCCACUGUUUUUUCUUUGCUAAAUCUUGACCAUAUCAUUUAAUUGGAUUUAUGCAUUAAAGCAAUGUUCUGGGUUACUUUUUGUGCAAAAAGAAUGCGUUCGCACAGGUAUGCUUGCAAUGGAAGUUUAUUGGGCAAGUCAUUGAACCUAAAAUAUAAAAAUAUAUGUUUUGUAAUGAAAUUGGGUUUACAUUCUGUUAACAUGAAUCAAUCGAAAUGUAUUUAUAAACUGUUUUUAUAGUGUUACAUUGUUUCAAAGCAGCUUUACAUGAGAAAAGAAAUAACAGAAACACGAGACUCAUAUGUUAUCACCUCUACCUCGAUAACAUUGACAACCUAUCCCGGACGAGCCCCCAAUUUUUAGGUUGGUUAGGGACUGGUGGCUCAUACAGACCGCAACAUAACGCUUUGUUGUUUAUUUCAUUUAUUUUGUGCAAUCAACAGGGGUUAAAUCUCAGUUUACUUGUAAGGAUUGUCGGCAUUGACUGAGAAAGGUAUGUGAAAAUAAAAAAGUAAAUUGGUGCAUUUCAGUCUCUCGCCAUUGUGUGUGUGUAAUUAAUCACCCAGCAGCUUUCCUUCCAUCAGUGUAUGACCAAUAUACAGACCGAAGGAAAUGCAGAGGGUCAUCCCACUAAUAUUUUGAGUUCAUGUCAAAACCCAUGUAAAACCUUUGCGUUUAUACACACACAAAUAUCAAAAAGGGACCCUGAGAAUGACUUCAGUUCAUUUACCUUAAGAAUUAACAUAUUUACUUUUAUUUUUUAUAUAUAUUUACAUAUAUUAUAUAUUUUAUUGGAUAAAUAUGUAUUAACACUAAAUGAGCUAAAGUACAUCAAUUAUUUGACCAUCCAAGGUUUUUUUUUUGGUCGUAAAAUCCAUAGAACUCUAUUAGUAACGACAGAAAUUAUUGAUUACAAUAGUUGCUUUUGGGAAACGUACCCCAGAAUGUCUUGCCCUUUAGACUUUCAUUGUAAGCACAUUAACUGAAUCAAAAUCAGAUUACCACAGCUGUCAUUCAAAUGGUAUCAUAAUAAAUUUAGACAACUUUGAUUUAAAAGUUUUUUUUUUGUUUUGCUAAAAAAAGUACACCAUUAAAAGUUUUAUAGUUGAAUUAUAUUAGAAUAUGGUGGUGUUAAAGUAGGAACUAAAAACUGAAGUUUACAUUUCCUCUAAUGUCAGAGUACAUGCUAUGUUUUAUUUCCAUUAUAUGUUAUAGCAUGGCAUUGUUUUCUGGUGGACCAAUACAGCGACCAAGUUUUUUUCUUUCCGAGGUAUAAGAAGCACAAAUUUUACAACAACGAGUAUAAUUUGAGUCCUUUGUCUUCUAUUCUGUAUGCAAUACAAACAUGGAAAGAAAACGAAACGCCUUAGAACAUUAACACUUCCUCUUCUGUGCAAGUAGAGAAAAAGAUAUUGCACUAUUUUAUUUUAUUUUUUUGAUGUCUGCUUUGUAAUGCAAUAAAUGCACUAGGUAGAACAAUAAUCCCAAUGGACAGUGAUGUGUUUCUCAGGCGAUGUGAUGUAGGUACGCUCUCUCUCUCUCUCUUGCCCCAUCAUCUUUAUGACAAGACAUGAAAAAAUUCAAUCCUGCCUGAUGCUGUAUAUGCUUUAUAUUUAAAUAAAA